AUGCUCUUAGAUUCCAUCCAGAGAAGAGCCAUUCGCCUGGUGGGUGACGCCACACUCACUCACUCUUUGACAUCAUUGGAACACCGUAGAAAGGUCGGCGACCUUUCACUUUUCUAUCGAUACUUCCACGGGAAAUGUUCUUCGGAAAUCUCUGCAAUCAUCCCUUCACUAGCAAUACCAAUCAGACGAACUAGACAAGCCCAGUCAGCACAUCCUUUCGUUGUCAACCUCGAAAGAUGUCGAACAGCACUUUAUCAAGACUCCUUCAUCCAUAGAACGGCUAGGCUCUGGAAUUCAUUGCCUGUGGAAAUACGAUUCCAAUGGUCUGAAGGCAUCCUCGGUCUAGCCCUAUCAGGCAAAGACCCGGAAGGAUACAGCACCCUGUACUUCCACCCCAUAUCCAGCUUCAACGAAUUCAACGUCAGCACCAAAGUGCUCCAAAACGAGACCCUAGCUACAAACAGCGCACUGAACUACGGACAUUUCAAGGUGCUAGGCAGCAGAGGCCCCAAAGCACAAAGCGGUGCUAGCUUCUUACAUCAAGAGUCCAAAGUGCUGUUUUACUCCCUGAUCAAUUUGAACGCUGUGGCUUGCUGGAGAACGACCCUAUCCAAUUACUCCAUGCUUUCUCAGGGAAGGGUCUUCAUGAGCAAUGAGACCAUGGUGUUCCCUAGUGACAUAAAAGUGGACGCUAAAAAUACCUUGUGGGUUUUGUCGAAUAGGCUUCCCAGGUUCAUUUAUGGUUACCUGCGAAGUGACGAGUACAAUUUCAGGAUUUUGAAGUCUUCUGUGAGUGAUGCUAUUAGAGGGACGGCUUGUGAUUCGAAGAUGAAGAUUGAUCCUCAUAUUUGGAGGAAUAUUACUAGUAAACUUGAUAUCAAGAAUGACGCAUCGGCAAAGGAAUUCUCUCAUCAGUCUUAUUGUGUCGAACUGUCGAAGUUGUCAACGAAGUCAAUUAUUACUCCACCUAUUUCGUUCGAUUUUGGAAAUCAGACGUUGCCACACUGCUACCUAGAAGAUCCUGAAGGCCCAGUUUCACCAACGGAUUUAAUCUCCGUUUUGGAGUCAACUGCCGAAUUUAAUCGCCAUGAAGAAUUCAAAUCGUUUCACCAUACCAGAACCACCGAUUAA